UUAAGUCUCUAGAUAUUUUAGAUUUUUGGUGUAACCAAUUUAUACCUAAGAAUACAAUCAUAUUAAUAAAAAUAAUUGUAGAAUUGUUAAAAAGGUCAAGCUUAAGAAAGUGAUAAGACACUGAAGAAAAGAGAAAGUAUGGAAGGAAUUCAACACAAAACAGUGAGUGUCAAUGGAAUCAACAUGCACAUAGCCGAGAAAGGGGAAGGUCCAUUGAUUCUCUUCCUUCAUGGCUUCCCUGAGCUCUGGUACUCAUGGCGCAACCAGAUCAACGGUUUAGCCGCCCUCGGCUACCGUGCUUUGGCGCCCGACCUCCGCGGUUACGGCGGAACAGAUGCACCAGAUUCCGUCGCCGAUUACACUUGCUGCCACUUGGUGGGAGACCUCAUCGCGCUUCUGGACACGGUGGCGCCGCAGGAGAAGGAGGAUAAGGUGUUUGUCGUUGGGCACGAUUGGGGUGCCAUCAUUGCUUGGUACUUGUGCUUGUUUAGACCGGACCGGGUUAAAGCUUUGUUCAAUUUGAGUGUGCCAUUUAUUCCUUAUGAUCCUCGGUUUAAACCGGUCGAGACUUGGAAAGCUUUCUAUGGGAAGGAUCACUACAUCGUCCGGUUUCAGGAACCUGGAGUAAUGGAAGCAGAGUUUGCAGAGAUUGGUGUAGGACGAGCAGUUUUGGAGCUGUUAUCGUAUCGGGUACCCGACCCACUUUAUUUACCAAAGGGAAAUCUAUUCGGGCAUCCACUAGAUUCUCCGGUUAACUUGCCGCCAUGGCUGUCAGAGAAAGACGCGGAUUACUAUGCCACCCAAUUCCAAAUAACCGGCAUCACCGGUGCCCUCAAUUAUUACCGCAACUUUGAUCGAAACUGGGAACUAUCUGCACCAUGGUGGAAAAGCCAGAUCAAGGUACCUGUAAAGUUUGCAAUGGGGGACCUUGAUCUUGUGUAUACAAUGCCUGGUAUGAAGGAUUAUAUUCACAAUGGUGGGUUCAAAAGGGAUGUGCCCUUUCUUGAAGAAGCUCUUGUCAUCAAUGGAGUUUCUCAUUGGAUCCACCAAGAAAUACCUGAUCAAAUCAAUCAAUUAUUGUUCGACUUCUUCUCCAAGUUCCAUUAAAUUUAAAUAAUAAUAAUAAUAAUAAUAUCAAAUUUAGUAAAAAUAGAAAAAAAAAAACCAUGUUGUACCUUUGUUGUUUUUAUUUUUAAGUCCAACACGUUUGAAAUUUGAGAGGAUUAAAAUAAAAAUAUUAGAUAUAAAAAUAAGUUUGGGUAAAAAUAUUAUUUUGUUUAAAAUAUAAAUCAAGUUUAGGCUUGAUCUUUCGAGGUUUGAAUUUUUAUUAAGGUUGUAAUAUAUUGUUACUUCUAUAUAAGAUAUAAUAUGGUUAUUUAUAAA